AUGAAGGGACUUUGGUGCUUCGUUGCUGGAUUGCUUUUAGUGAUUGCUCAGAGCAGCUGGCAAAGCCCCCUGCAAGACACAGAAGAGAAAGCCAGAUCAUUCAAAGCUUCCCAGGCUGAACCAUUAGAUGACCCUAGACAGCUGAAUGAAGUGAAACGUCACUCACAAGGUACAUUCACCAGCGAUUACAGCAAGUACUUGGACACCAGACGAGCUCAAGAUUUUGUACAGUGGCUAAUGAACACUAAAAGAAGCGGUAAUGGACUUGCCCGGCGUCAUGCUGAAUACGAGAGACAUGCUGACGGCACCUAUACCAGUGACAUCAGCUCUUACUUGGAAGGUCAAGCAGCUAAGGAGUUCAUUGCGUGGUUAGUGAAUGGGCGAGGAAGAAGAGAUUCCUCAGAAGGAGUCCAUACAGGUGAAGAUCUUGGUCGAAGACAUGCAGAUGGCACUUUCACCAGUGAUUACAAUAAACUCCUGGAUGACAUAGCUACCCAGGAAUUCUUGAAGUGGCUGAUUAACCAAAAAGUUACUCAGAGGGACCUUCAGGGAGAGUACCAAUAAGAUGCAGUAAAAGCAUGGCAUCAAGGUCUUCUCUAUAUCCACUCUCAACCACUGGACUUUAUUUUUAAAUUUUAACAUUUUUUCUCUGUAUUCUAAAACCACAGAUCUUGGCCUGCAAUGAAAUGAAUUUCACUAUUUUAUCCUACUACAGAAGGAUUUUAAAAUGAGUGUCUCCCUGUCAGCUGGAAAUAAUUAAAAUCGCAAUAUUACUGGUCAAAACAUUCAGUUUUCAGAUCUUUCUGAAACAUCUUUAAGGAAAUUCUCAAAAGGGACCCAAGCAAAUGUGCUGACAAGAGCACUUUUCCCCCCUAAAAAGAUAAUAUGUAUAUGAAAAUGAUCCAUCCAACCAAUAUGAACCAAUAUAAAUUGCAAGGCUGGCAGUUAAAAUUGUGGGUAAAUGUCCUUCUUGAAACCUUUGUUAUAAAAAGGCUCCAUUUUCCAGACCAUCCAUAAAUAGCCUUGAGUAAAUUAAUGAAUAAAUAAAACAAA